AUGGAAAAACUUAGAUGUCUUUUGUUUUGUGUGGUAGUAAGUUUGUGUUCAUGUGAUGCUUAUAAAAUUUUGGCCGUGUUUCCUACGCCCAGUCCCAGUCAUGGCAUUCUUGGAGACAAUAUGGUCAAACAUCUUCUCAAUGCUGGCCACGAAGUAACUUAUGUAACGCCUUACAUUCAAAAACAAAAGAAUCAGACCAACCUAUAUUUAGUGGACGUUAAUGACAUCGAAACAUUUUUCAAAGCCGCAGAAGAUAUGCUGGAUUUCAAGCAGAUUCUUGCCGGAACAGUAGAUCUGCAUGAUAUUAAAUUCAUGUUUCAACUUCUAUCGACAAUUGCUGACAUGACACUGGGCAAUCCAAAUGUGCAGAAAAUUAUGAGAGACCCACAGGAGAAGUUUGACGUCAUUAUUGUUGAAUACAUGUUCCAUGAUUUGUUUUCCACGUUUUCAGCAGUAUUCCAGUGCCCUUACAUCUGGUUCUCCACCAUAGAACCAAAUUGGAUAAUUAUGAACCUAGUCAGCGGUCCUAUGAAUCCAGCCUAUAAUAGCGACUACCUUCAAGCUCAAGUUCCUCCAUUCACCUUUAUGGGAAGAGUUCAAGAGCUGUGGACCCAAAUUAAAGGAUUAUAUUAUCAUAAAUUUGACUUCCAUGAUGUAGAAGAAGCUAUAUACCAAAAGCAAAUAGUCCCUAUCCUAAAGGAGCAAGGUAAACCUGUACCUGAUUAUAAUGUGCUGAAGUAUAAUGCAUCUUUACUGCUGGGCAACUCUCAAGUGGCGAUGGGUAACGCAGUGCCACUGCCACCAAGCUACAAACACAUUGGCGGGUACCACAUUGAUGAAGAAGUCAAGCCAUUACCAGAGGACUUGAAAAAAAUUCUGGACAAUGCCAAGAACGGUGUGAUUUACUUCAGCAUGGGAUCCAAUUUGAAGAGCAAGGAGUUACCAGACGAACUGAAGAACGGUUUGUUGGAGGUGUUUGGAGGACUGAAGCAAACUGUUUUGUGGAAGUUUGAGGAGAAUCUACCGAAUCAGCCUAAAAAUGUCCAUAUCGUACAGUGGGCACCACAGCAGAGCAUAUUGGCCCAUCCAAAUUUGAAGCUGUUUGUUACUCACGGUGGUCUCCUAUCACUUACCGAAGCGGUCCACUUCGGAGUUCCAGUUAUUGCCAUUCCAGUCUUCGCAGACCAGUUCCUAAAUGCAAACCAAGCACGGAACAAGGGAUUUGGAGAAAGAGUUGACCUUUCUUACCAUUUGCAUAAGGACCUAAAGGUCACUCUGGAUAAAGUUCUUGGUGAUCUUCCCAAAUACACUGCCAAAGCAAAGGAGGUAUCUAUAGCAUACCAUGACAGUCCGAUGAAGCCGAGCGAAGCGUUGAACUUCUGGGUGGAGCACGUGGUGCGCACGCGCGGCGCUCCACACUUGCGCUCAGUGGCGCUUCAAGUGCCGCUGUACCAACAGGCGUACCUAGAUCUGUUAGCUGUGCUACUGGCAACUAUUGUUGUUAUAAUACUAGUAGUUAGGAGGAUUUUAAGUUUACUGACGUCGAAUAGUCCGAAACUUAAGAAGAAUUAA